UUUUUUGACUCGCAUAGUAAUUUCCCGCGCAUUUAGCCUGCGUAGCAAGCGUUUCGUAGGAAAGGGCCUACGAGCAAAGGCUGGCCGCGCGAAAAUUGGGUAAGAAAAUCGACGGGUCACAGGGGAUGGUUGGACAAGCGAGGGAAUGUAUUCCCUCGCUCGUCCGAACACCUUCUGCUUCAUCGUUUGUUUUGCUCUCUGUCCAAUUUGCGCUAGGUCAGAAUGCGGAAAGAGCUCCUUGAAGGUGAGCGCGUGCUACGCAUUAUCAAACCAAAAUUAGCACGCUAUAAUAAGCCAAUCAAUAUGGAUAUGGGUUAUUGACCAAGCGAGGUCAAGAUGGCUGGAUAUUGGCCAAGUUCUUUUAUUUAGCGUGUUUAUGGACCGAGACGGAGUCUAAGUUCAUAAACGCAAGUUUACCUUGCCCGCUGAGGGAGCUAGCUAUAUGUACAGUACUGCUUCGAAGUUGGAUUCUAUUUUUUAAAGUACUGGUAAAGCUAUGGCCGAUAAAAUGACUGCAAAACUCCACAGAAAUAGCUAUAGAUCUUUUUACUGGUUUUUUAAGAACCCAAAUUGAUCAGUCUAGCGCUCUCUGAGUCAACCUCCACAGACACCGGAUACCACUAAAUCCGGCCGUAUUGGGUUAUAUUCUUUGGUUACGUUUUUGGAUUAAAACGCCACUAAGUUCUGUGUGCUGUUGAUGUCUCAGAAGAUAAUAUCCGUCGGUAACCGAUCCCUGCAGCCAGAGAGCCAGUGUUUUCCCAGGGCAAAAACUUGUUAUCACAAUUCAUUCACUGUUAUUACAAUUCAUUCACUGUUAUUUUAACCUCUCAAGAACGGCAAUCAGGCCACUAAAAACUCGUCUCAACUGCCAAAAUAACCUCUCGAACAUCUCGACAACGCCCAGUUUAUAACGGUGCCCACACAGAACUCCAUUUCUUAUUGGAAAAGGUCACCAGACUUGAUUCAUAUCGCGUGCCGUCGGCGUCUGUUUCUGUUAAGUUUCUGUUUUAUUGACAGAUUUUUAUUUAUACAUGCUAACAUAAGCACUUUAAAAAAAUGUUGCACCCAAAGCAAAAUAGGUGUCAUAUUACAACCUUACCUCCUCCUAGGUGGCCGUUUUGGAGAGCAAGUUCGACUGUAUUAUGUUCUGGCUAGUGUUUCUCUAUGUCUAGUGAAUUCUCUCGUUCUCCCGAAGUUCUGCCAAUUCCGGGAAUCGUGUGUUUAUCGGUAAAAUAGAAAACAGGUUUGGCAACUCUAUUGACCAAUCAGAGCGCGCGUAGUUUCUCAGUUAUUUUAUAAAUGAAUGUAUCUAUGUGUAAAAGACAAUCAGUUGUGACACCCGCGCAUAUGAUAACAAAAGCCUGUUGUGAUGUGCGUCCACAUUGUGCAAUUUUUAGUUUUGAAAUUUCGAAGCCUUCAGCUGAGUGUUAUCGCUUUGCAACAGCUGAGCUGCGAGCCAAAUUCUCUGGCUUUGAGUUUGAAUCGAAGUUUGUCGUAGUUGAUUGGAAAAGAUGCUGUUGAGGUCCCUUCGAACGUUGAAGUUGCGGCCAUCACGUCUGAACACCACAGCAACAUGUUCCCUGGCAACAAAGGCACAGGAGCUUGACAGCGCCAGCGCGCAGUUCACCACAUUAACACCGGCAGAACUCCAACCCAAUACACCCUCAAGACUGGCGGGAAAAGAGUUUUUACCUGGUUCCACUGGAGAUGGUUUCCCGAAAGUCUUAUCACCUCCUUCGGAGACAUUUCCUCACGCCGUGAGAGUAGAAACUCACUCCGUGGAUGACUGCGUCGUCAGUUGCCGUCGAUAUCUACAAGAGAACCUUCCGCAGUACGGUGCUGUUCUGCUUCGAAACCUCCCACUGAAAACUGCCGCCGACUUUUCCAGUCUGUCCCAAAGGCUAGGGUACAAAGGGAUGACGUAUCAAGGUGGCGCGGUGGAACGGGAAGAGCUCGAUAAGACUUCUGGGACAUACACCGCCAGCGAUGAGCCGCCCCAAGCUGUGAUAGAGCAUCAUAAUGAGAUGGCUUAUAGUCCAGUGUACCCCUCUAAGCUUUUGUUCUUUUGCCAACAAGAGCCGGGAGAAGACUGUGGAGGAGAGACGCCGCUGGUUAAAAGUACCGACAUACUUUCUCGUCUGAAUCCCAGGGUUCUUCAAACUUUCGCUGAUAAGAAGGUGCGUUACGUUCGUUAUGCUCCUCCGCGAGGGCCUGGUGCGUACCUUCCAUGGCAGGAUGUAUUUAUGACGGAGGAUCCAAAGACAGCGGAACAUUUUCUACAGCAGAAAGGGUUCAGUUUUAAGUGGGAACCUUCCGGAGCUUUGGUUUAUUGGCAAGUUCUGCCGGCUUUCCUCAAACACCCGGAGACUGGGAAGACUGUCUGGUUUAACCAGAUUCAAUCCCAUCAUGCUUCGCAUUUACAAGGGAUGCCAAGGUUCAAGGACUCUGAUUUACCUAAUCAUCACUACUCCUGCCAGACCUACUAUGGCGAUGGCAGCGAAAUUGAGCCCGCGGUGCUUCAGCACAUAAGAGCAAUCACUUGGUCAUGCGCUGUUGGAUUUCCCUGGCGAAAUGGUGACGUACUUGUUGUUGACAACCUUGCGGUUCAGCACGCGAGGAUGAGCUUCACUGGGCCGAGGAGAAUCUUGGCAAUGCUUUCAGAAAAUUGAAUCAAACUGACUGGUUUUAGUGUUAUAGUGCGACUACUCGAACCGGGCCACCGAGAAGAAAGCUAACCAAUCACUGACAACAAUGGAGUGGUAGCUUCUCGUGAUGGCAAGUAAAGGUCUGUUUGACGUGAAAACAUAAACACUGUGGACUCCUCUGAAUUAUAUACUCACUCUUAGAGAUUCAGUUCUUGAUGGAGAAUUAUCAUAAUUAUAAAUCUCGCUCAAAAAAGUUAGCUUGAAAACUCACUUUUUGCGACAACUUAGCCUGCUGAACAGGCCAAUUAGCGGAGUAGACCGCGAAGUGUGAUACAAGUGCGCGCUCCGCGCGAGUGUAUCGCGUUUCGCUCAGUCCCGCUUGUUCUGCAGGCUAGCGACAACUAAACCACAAACGUUGAAAAGCGUACAAAAGUUAGGAUCGAAACUAACCAAUCAACAAAUGGCAAAGUUUCCUGUGAGGUUCACAACACCUCGCACUCUGUUUGGUUUUCAAUUUUGUUAAGAACUGUUGUUCGCAUUCUUCAAUGUUAUUGGUUCAUUUGAGAAAACUGAGAUCAUUAUGCUUUGUUCCCGAGUAACGUUCUGGUUGGUUAGCUCAUUUCCAAGUGGCUCGGUUCGAGUAAGUUGCACUGGUUCUGAAGUAACUAAACAUGAUAUUUUCCGUCAUCGAAGAUUUAUCAACGCUUUAACUCGGAAACGAGAGCUUUCGCACGUGCAAUCAACAACUAAUCAUUUCCCUGAAUGUCUAAAUCAGUGGGUUUUCUGGUAAUUCACAUUUUGUGUAGCGUACAACGUUGUCAGAAAUUAAUUAUUGAAGUUGUUGGGCAACAAAAAGAAAUAUUCCUCUUGUUAUAAACGAGUCGCAAAUCAAUAUCUAGUUUUUGGAGCACCCACGGUUGCAAUGUGGGCCGUUAUGUAAUGCUCGUUCAAACUAUACGUCACAAUAAAUAUCGUUUUGUAAAGAGGAACUAAUAUAAUUAGAUCGAAUCGUACCUUUAUGGCACGUUUUGGCGGUAUAUCAGGCCAGUUUGGUCGAGCCAUUGCUCUUUCGCGGGACCAAACAAGUCUGAUAUGCCGCCGAAGCGUUCCAAAAACGGUACGAUUGGGUUUUACCGUACUCGUAUUCGGCUAAAAUUCCGGAGAUAUUUUUCUAGUGACUGUAAUCUGUCAGGCGCUGCGGUUAAGUGGUGCGCGCGAGGAGUUUAGUUUUGGCGGGAAAGUGCCACAGAAAACAAACGCUGAUAGGAAAAAAGAUGGCGGUCGUACAUUUUACCACAAUACCAUACGAACCUAACACAGUCCAUUCGUACAAGGAGAGCCAUAUUUUUGCAAUAUUUGUCCCUGAACGACAGUGUGUAUAUUAGAUUUGAAAAUUUCAUGAACGUUAAGGUUAUCGUUCGCUAGGAAUUAUGGUAAAUGUACCAGUCGCCAUCAUGUUUUAUUCUUUUAAGCUCAAUAUUCCAGUUAUAAACUUCUUUCAAUUUGACUGAUAGAAAAGUUACUUUACCUGAAAGUCAUCAUGAUAUCGUAGCCAUAUCAGGUCUGUGACUUGAUAUCGUAGGAUAUCAGGACAGUAGACGCGGCUUCUGAUUGGCUAAUUGAGAAUUUGGGUACGGUAUUGUACUGAAACGUACGUAGUGAGACUACAACAACAAUAUAUUUACAUAAAAAAGUCGUUAUGAACAUUCUCUUGGUGCUGGGAUAAAAUACUGGUAGUCAUGACAUUAUUGGCUAAAAAAGUGUAGCCUUGUUCAAUUUAAGGCUCAAUUUUCUCACUUAGUGUUACAUAGUUUAGAUUUGUUUAUAUCCUUGUGAACUGUCUUCUUGACUUAAUAAAAGUGGUCAUAUUU